UUUUCCUAUCCCGGAAAUCUCCGACGUGGUUGAAAUCUUUUAUUUUUUUUUAUCAAUCUGAUAAUCUUACGUAACAAUACCAAUCCCCACUUGGGACUUUUCUUUCCCCCCCUCAGGCUCUCAGGCAUCACCACCGGUCACCUUGUCUCGGAGAUCAUCUGCGACCUCGGACUCAAUAUGAAAUUUCUCCAAGGUGUGGAUAUAUUCUCCCUUAUGGUGUCUUCCCCUCCUUAACUCUCCGCCGCCUAUGAACGAGACCUCCGAUAAAUGACCACGAGGAGAACUUAGCAACUGAACGACAAUCAUAAGGUUGCAGCCAUCGACGCGGGUCCCAAUAAUGCUGGCCCAGAAACUUGCGGGCUACCCCAGCCUACUGUUGGCCGGCAACCCUUCAAAAGUUGAUAUAGGACGGCUUUUGUUGGGUAUCGCAGCCUCGAUAGCAUCUGGAGUUCCGUUUCCAUUGAUUGGAAUUCUUUUUGGUCAGCUUCUCGACGAUUUUAAUGCAGUGACUUGCAAUGAAACCGAAUCAACGGCAUCGGCGGAAUCCAAUGCCUCUUACCAACAUGACAUUAACGGCAAAAUCUUGAUCAUCGUGUAUCUGGCCAUUGCUCAAUUCGUUGCCAUCUAUAUCCAUCUUUCAUGCUGGAGUUUGAACGGCGCUCGGCUGGCUCAGCGACUGCGGGAGAGCUAUCUGCAGAACUUGCUCCGGCAAGAACCUUCAUACUUCGAUGACCUGCCUCCCGGAGAAAUUGCAUCUCGACUCAAUGGCGAUAUCCAGUCUAUUCGAUCGGGCACGUCGGAGAAAGUAGGAAUAGUUCUAUCCAGCAUAUCCUUCUUCGUCACGGCAUAUAUCGUCGCCUUCAUCAAGGAUUACCGGCUGGCAGCCAUGCUCAUCUCGUUGAUCCCUGCCUAUUUCCUGAUGUCAUUCAUUGGAAGCCAUUAUAUCGAGAAAUACUCAGGACGCAUGUCAGAUUAUUCUGCUUCUGCCGCAUCAAUCGCCUCCGAAGCGCUUUCCAACACAGUCGUGGUACAGGCUUUCAGCGCCAAUUACCGGCUGGAAGACAAGUUUUCCAAGGCUCUCAAAGCUUCCGAGCAGGAAGGUUUGAAGAAGGCUACGGCCGUCGGUAUACAAUCUGGAUUCUUGUAUUUCAUCGCCUAUUCCGCGAAUGGUCUGGCAUUCUGGCAAGGCAGCAGACGAGUCGCCGAUUCAGUGGGUUCCGACUCUGCGGGUGCCACCGUGGGUGCUACCUUUACAGUUAUUUUCAUCCUGGUCGAAGCUACUUUGCUUCUGAGUCAGGUUGCACCGUUCCUCCAUCUGUUCACAGCUGCUGUCGCCUCGUUCCGCAAGUUGCGUGAGGGCAUUGUUCGCCAGCCGCAGAUCGAUGCCACGACUGAAUCGGGCAUUCGCCUCUCACAGGCAGAAGGCGGCUUUGAGUUCAAGAACGUUUCGUUCACAUACCCCUCUCGGCCUGAAAUCACGGUGCUCGACCAGAUUAGCCUGUCCAUCCCGGCAAACAAGCAUACCGCGCUGGUUGGUUUGUCAGGAAGUGGUAAGUCAACUAUCGCGGGCCUUGUCACAAGAUUGUACGAUCCUACGGACGGACAGAUCCUCUUCGACGGCCAUGACCUUCGCGAGGUAAACACCCGCGACUUGAGAAGUUUCCUCAGUCUGGUGCAGCAGGAACCCUCUCUUCUCGAUCGAUCACUUUUGGAGAACAUCGCACAUGGCCUGAUCAAUUCCAGCAAUCCCAUCCAUGCUCACUUGAAGACAACCCUCCUUGGUACCGACCUUACGGAUUUAGCAAGCGAGGUCAGAGAAGGUGUGGACCUCAUGGUUGCAGCUGAAAAACGAGGCUCGGAAGUUGUCGAAAUUGUGAAUUUGGCGAGAAAGGCUGCUACGCUUGCAGAUGCGGAUGGUUUCAUUAGCGCCUUACAGCAUGGAUACGGUACGCUUGUCGGCUCGAGUGGGCGGCUAAUCAGUGGUGGGCAGAAGCAACGAGUAUCCCUUGCUAGAGCACUUGUGAAGGACCCUGCUGUUCUUAUCUUGGAUGAGGCUACAGCUUCUCUCGAUUCCAGAAGCGAACAACGUAUCCAGCGAGCCAUCUCAAAUAUUGCUAGUGGUAGAACGAUGAUCACGAUUGCUCAUCGUCUGUCAACGAUCACAAAUGCGGAUAAUAUCAUUGUGAUGCACAAGGGACAUAUCGUGGAGCAGGGAGACCAUGCGGCCUUGAUGGCAAAGAAUGGAGCAUACGCUGAUCUAGUCAACCUACAAACUCUCGGAUCGGCGCCCGGCAAUAAGGGACCAUCGGCUAAAACAGAUACCAUAAACAAAUCGGGCCAGGCCUCCGUAUCAGACGCUGAGAUCGAGGAAAGUAGCGUCUCAAACGACGAUCCGGACAACUCCGAGAAAAAAGAAGCCGCCACCAGUGCAGUUCCAGUCACUGAAUCCGCAGAAGAAGAGCCCGAGACUCCGCGCAAAUCUUUGUGGGCGCUCUUGCGCGGGUAUGCACCCGCCCUCAGACCACAUCUGCUUUUCAUUUUCAUGGCUCUUUUGGGAUCCAGCAUUGUCGGCGGUGCAUUCUCCGGUGAGGCCGUGAUUUUUGGCAACACUGUAGGCAGUCUAAACCCCUGCCACACCCCAGAUUAUAUCCGCGAUCGAGGCAACUUCUUCGGUCUCAUGUUCUUCGUACUUGCAAUCAUCGAAUUCUUCGCGAAUCUGGUUAGUUGGGCUGGGUUCGGCUGGGUGUCUGAAAAGAUCGUCUACACAGUCAGGGUCUUAUCGUUCCGUUCACUGUUCGAGCAAGACCUUCAAUGGCAUCAGUCCAACGGCCGAUCGCCCGCCUUGCUCCUCUCCUACAUUACAAGAGACGGCAAUGCCUUGGCGGGGCUGAGUGGCUCUGUCAUUGGAACUCUGUUCUCAAUAACCGUCAAUCUCAUUGCCGCAAUUAUUUUGACUCACAUCAUCGCCUGGAGGAUCGCAUUGGUUUGCCUGGCCUUGGUACCACUUCUGCUUGGAGCUGGUCUUAUGGAACUCCACGUCCUCGGCAGGUUCGAGGAACGGCACGAAAACGCAUACACCAAAUCUGUCGACAUUGGUGUCGAGGCAGUCACUUCCAUCAAAACAAUCGCAUCCCUUUCUCUCGAAGAAGAGACAUUGAAGACAUACAGACGAUCUCUAAAGGGUCCACGUAAGGAGACCUUCCAAGUCACUAUACACGCAAGUCUCUGGCAGGCAAUGACCUACUUCCUUGGCAACUGCGUGAAUGCGCUGGCCUACUGGUGGGGUGCCAAACAGAUCAUCGCAGGUAACUACACGCAGACACAGUUCCUGAUUGUCGUUUUCUCGCUCCUGGUUAGCGCACUCCUCUGGAGUCAGAUGUUCGCGCUCGCGCCCGAGCUUUCCGCCGCCCGAGCGGCGAUGGCAAGAAUCUUAGGCUUGAUCGAGAUCGGGUCAGAUAAGAUGCAUGGGCGUGUGCCUACCCAUUCGUCCGCUGCGUCUUCCGAUAGCGCAGACCCUGAGACCGUUGAGCCCAAACCAGCGUAUAUUGCCGGCAACGACCAGGCUUCUAGCGUGCAGCUGCGUAACGUCCACUUUUCAUACCCCGCCCGGCCAGACGUCCGGGUGCUCAACGGCUUAGACAUUGACAUUCAGCCCGGACAAUUCUGCGCUCUUGUCGGACCGAGCGGUGCCGGUAAAUCGACGAUCAUUUCCCUAGUUGAGCGGCUGUACACCCCUGAAAUCGGAGGCAUCGUGAUCGAUGGAGUCGACGUGACCAAGCACCGCGGCGUGUCUUUCCGCGACUCGAUUGCCUUGGUGCCCCAAGAAAGUGUCCUCUUCGAGGGAAGCAUUGAGUUUAACAUUGGUCUUGGCGCUCGGCCCGGACAUGAGGCUACGAUUGAGGAUAUUCAGGAAGCCUGUAAGCUUGCCAAUAUCCACGAUGUUAUUAUGGCAUUGCCGGAAGGUUACCAGACACUUUGCGGGCCGAAUGGUAGCCAGUUCUCCGGGGGUCAGAAGCAAAGAUUGUCAAUUGCGCGGGCGCUUGUUCGGAAGCCUAAGUUGCUGAUUCUUGAUGAAUCAACAAGUGCUCUCGACGCCGAGUCGGAGAAGCUACUGCAGGAUGGGCUUGCAAAGGCUGCGAAGGGUAUCACGGUGAUUGCCAUUGCUCAUCGUCUGCACACCAUUCGGGCGGCAGAUGUCAUCUUCCUCAUUGAGGGAGGUAAAUGCAUUGACCGCGGAUCACACGAUGAAUUGCUCCACCGGUCGGACAGCUAUCGGGCAAACGUCAUGCAUCAAACAGUGGCGACCUGAUAGAGGUGAAUCUAAAACUUGAUUGCGUUUUUGUUUCUGGAAAUCUUUGAACGCGGGCCAUUACCUGCCGAGAUUGUUAAAUAGAUUAUUCCCCCGAUAGACGUUCUACAUAUUUGUAAUAGCUGCAUUUCUUUUCA